AUGACGACGCCGAACUACAGCAGCAGCAGCAGCAACAACAAUGCCGCCCAGGAGUACUACGGCGGCCUCGAGAUCGACGGCAGAUCCGGCCAAGGCGGAGGAGGAUGGGGCGCCGACGACGUGACCAAGUUUCGAGUCGCCGACCAGAACAACCUCCCCGAAGUCCACAACCGCGACGGCGACCUCCCGCAAGUCGCGCACCAGUACAACCAUGACUACUCGAUGAUGCAGGCCGUCCACCCGGCGGAUGUCGGCGGCAGUCCCGCAGCGGCGACGGGGACGGCGGCGACGACGCCAUACGAAAACACCUUAUACCAAAACGAGACCUCGUACGGUUACUACGCGCCGAAAGACCAGAACUCGCUCGAGGUCGUCACGGAGGGACUGGAUGAGAAAAAGGAGGCUCCCGCCAGCGGCACAAUAUGCGGCAUGCGGAAGAAGGUGUUCUGGAUCGUCCUGGCCGUGGCGCUCCUCAUCGUCAUCGGUGCCGCAGUCGGAGGAGGCGUCGGCGCAGCAAUGUCCGCGCAGAAGAGCUCGCAGCAGUCGAGCAGCUCAUCAGGCGGAUCGAGCGGCAGCGGCAGCGGCAGCAGUAGCAGUAGCGGUGGAAGCGGGAGCGGCAGCGGGAGUGGUGAUAGCAGCGGCGAUAGCAGCGGCGACAGCAGCGGUGAUGCCAACAACUCGACGACGACGAGCGACAUGGACAUCCUCCCCAGCACGAACCUCGGCGCCGUCAACUUCACCGAUGCCUAUGGCCACGCCAACCAUCUGGUGUUCUACCAGCUUCGCUCCAAGAACCUGAUGAUGAGCUCGUGGAACGAGAGCACAAAGGUCUGGUCCACGGCCGUCGCAAACAGGGAGAGCAACGUCAAGGAGGGCACGCCCAUCAGCAACAGUUUGUUCUGGCAAAGCAACAAGACUCGCGACGUCCGAAUCUACUACCUGAACGACGACAACCAAGUCGCCGGCCAGAUCAACGCCAACCCCGUCUACAGCAUGACCUGGGACAAGUCCGGCGUGUCGGACACCUUCACCGCGAACCCCAGGUCCCAGCUGCUCUCCAACGGCAUCUACACCCCCGACUCAUACCUCUCGAACCUGGUCAUCUACCAGGACUCGGGCAGCACCCUCCGCGUGCUCCGCCGCACCGGCGGCAAGACGGACUGGGUGGCCGUGGGCAUCUCGACCGACUUCGGCAAGCCCGCCGAGGGCACCGGCCUGUCCCUGAUCCCCGUCUACACCAAGGAGUCGGCCAAGAGCAUGUGCCUCUUCUACGCCACCGAGUCCGGCUCGCUCACCCAGCUGACGCUGACCAACGACAACGACUGGAACAACGCGACGCUGCCCACGACGGUGGAGACCAACGCCACCAUCGCGGCCUUCUCGAGCGGGUACAACGGCACCAACCUCGUCAUGCACGUGCUGGCGGCGCAGACGACCAAGGCGCCGGUGCUGACGACGUACGCCGAGGGGGAGUGGUCGAACAAGGGUGAGGUUUCCACCAUGGCGGGCGACGACAGGCCCGUCAAGAUUGCCGCCAACCUGGCCGGCCGGGUGUACGGCCUCGUGCAGAGGAGCAGUGGAAAGGUCGAGAUUGUGGAAUGGGAGUGGAUCGGCGGCACGACAUAUAACAAAAUCGGCGUCGUAGACACAGUGUCGUGA